CCUUGAGAGGCAGUUAUUUUGAUGGGCUUGCUAGUACGAAGAAAAUGAUAGAGAUGCUGUCCCCGAUAGCGCAUUGGGGUUGAGAACCGGGUUCGCCUGUCGUGGACUCUGUACUCCGUAGUAGAUUGGACCCGCCUCCCGGUGACCGCUGCGAAGUGCCGUUAAAAAACCCCGAGUCAAGACCGUCCAUUGGGCCAGAGAGGUCAACCUCUGAGCCGCUAUGGAGGAGCGAUGAACUUACCAGCGGGCAAUCCCCGCAAAAACUCCCCACAGAAAGGUAAAAGCCCCGGUGUCCCGACGCCUCGGGCUGAGAUUUUUUUUUUCUUUGACUACCCUCUGGCCAGCGAGCCAGAUAAUACUCCCAAUCCUAAGUGCAGAAAGAGGGUAGGGAAACAACGGGGAGAGGAGAAGAAGACGACGAAGAAGAGAAGCAGCAGCUGAAACGGAGAAGAGCAGAAUAUGUCCAAUAAUGGCCCCAGCGAGGAGCGAGGGUUCAGAUCUCGGCUCAGCCCUAACCCCGGCGCCCCCAGUUCCCGGGCAGCAUCAGUGCCCCAUCUGCUUCAGAUCGUAUAAACGACGUGAACAUCUGCAGCGCCAUAGCCAUACACACACGUCUGAUCGACCUCACCGUUGCCCUGCUUGCGGCUGUUCCUUUCAACGGGCGGAUGUUUUGAAGCGACACUGGCGCACCUGUGAUGGCAGGGGAUCAUCAAAAGCCGUGGUUCGCAGACGGGCUUGUGACCGCUGUGUUCGCCAAAAGAAAGCUUGCAACAGCGUUCAACCAUGCCACAACUGUGCGAGACGAGGAAUACCGUGCCAGUAUUCCUCCGGGAUCAAUGCUCCGAAGCCUAGCACCGAUAUACCUUUGCAGGCAAUCGACAUCGACAAGGACAUGUUGGCGACAACCGAUCCAUUAACGUCGACCAUCGAAGCCAUGCUACCACCGAGCUUUGAGGUCGGGCAAUUCGACAACGUUACCAUGAAUGCGUUCGAAUCCUUUUUCGACCCCGAUCUUUUCGACUACGCCAGCCCCAGUUGGCAAGACUUUAUGCACUUUACAUCAGACGGGCAACCGGCUCGGGAGCUCACGGUCUCUGAUGGGGAAAGCAGUCAGAUUUUUCAUUUUCUGGAUAACUUCACGAGCAAGACUGGAUUUAUAAUGUCGUUCGACUGUGGGACGCUUCGCCAGAGACAAGAGGUGAUGUCAAAUAUCCAGUGCGGAGUGUUGGCAUUUGAGCCCCAGCAAGGGCAGCUGAUGAACUUCGAGUCCGCAAAUAACCCAGAGGGCGUUUCGUCGGGCUGGUUCAACGAUCCCCUCGCCCUUAAAACACAUCAGAUCCUGCUCUUAAUCAAAGAGGUGGUCACGGUCAAGCCACGGAAUAGCUCCGUGACGUUAUAUUGGUCUCCUGCACUUGAGCAAAUGUGCUUGCAGUUUUUCUCCCCGAUAAACCUUCGGAAAUAUCUUGAAUUGUAUUGGGCGAUAUGGUCUCCCAAUGUCAACUUCGUUCAUCGGCCUACUUUCGAUCCAGUGUCAUCCAAAUCAAUCCUCGUGGCAUCCAUGGCCAUCAUUGUGGAUGUAACGUUACUGACAAAAAUAAAAGGGGCUUGCGUCUCUCCGGAUCCGGUGGACAAUGAAAACGCCAGAAUGUGGCUCAAUUGCGUCGAGGAGAUGGUCUUUGCCGACGACGACGUCAAUAGCUUCCCGGUAUUUCCAUUUGAUCCCGCUGCAAAUCGACGAAAAAUCCAGGCUUUGCAAGCCUGCUACAUGGUGUGUCUUUAUCAAAACUGGGAAGGCACAGAUGUGACCAAGAGGCGCAUCCGGCGGCAUCGUUACAGCACCGUGGUUUCUAUAGUACGGGACAUCGGUGUUGCAACAGCAAGACACAGCAAUUAUAGCGGAAAAGCAAGACAUGAAUUCCAAUGGAAUGACUUUGUGGCCAAAGAGGAACUUAUUCGGACGUUUCUGUGGAUAUUUUUGCUCGACACUGCGUUCGUCAUAUUCAAUAACUUCCCCCCUCGGAUGGUGAUCAAAGAGAUGAAGAACCACGUCGCGGCCCCGGAGGCCUGCUUUCAAGCAGUGACAGCGGAUCAGUGUUUCGAACAAAUUCAAAUGUGGAUGCCCGCCAAAAGCCCAUUUUGGAGAGUCUCGUUCCGUUCUGCUUUCGAAACACUCUGUCGAGGUGACCUUACAGCUGAUAUGCGUCACAUUCUAGCUGCCUUGGGUCCGCUAAACUUGUUCGCGAUUGCUUCAGCUAUUCAUUAUUUAAUCUUCCAGUAUCAAAAUGCAUUUGGCGGAGGCGAGCUGUUGCAGCGGAUUCGUGACGCCUUGGGCAACUGGAAAGACAUCUGGCAUAUCCAAGCGAACGCAUCCCCCGGCACCUCGCCGCACAGCAUUGUCGAUAGCACAAAUGCACAGCCGGAAUACAUGUGGAAAAGAGUUGGCUUCUUCCGCUACUCUCCGGAUUACUGGCUCCUGGCUAGCCUCAAAGUCGACCGGCUCUCUGCCGCGGACCCUUGUCAGCCAAAGAGCAAUGCGUGGACGGGGCAAAACGAUGUAGAACUCAUCGGUGAAGACGAUGAUGGACUCGCGGAUCCGAUACUGAAUAAGUACGAUGAAACCAGCAUGAGCCAGGUCAACGAACUUAUUUCGGAGUUUAAAAAGGUACAGGUCCACUAAUCCUCUCGCAAUACCACGGCUCUUCAUACGGAGUAAUGCUUGCUACUGGAUGUUAUAUACCCUCUCUUUUUUUCUUUCCCCCGUUGUUGGUGCUCUCUUUCUUUAUUACAUUUCUCGAGGUCCAAUUUGGGCUCCAACUUUUGCGCUACGAUAGGAGUCGCUUUCAUGGAAUAUAGGUAUCUCUCCUCCAUUCACCCGUGUCCGCAGGCGUUCGGUCCGACACACGUUACGGAAUGCUCAUCCGAAGAUUAUAUAUGUGUACCCGUUAUGAUGCAAAUGCGAUCCACGUGGGGCUGCUUG